AUGGAAGAAGCCAGCUCCUCGGCAGGGAGCAGUGGCGGGGCAGGAUCUGGAAUUCCGAAUCUGCCGUCGACAUCAGAGGCUCUCUUAGCCCAGGCAGCAAGCAGUCUUGAACCUGGAAAAGUUUCACUGCUACAUAACCAACUUCAGGAGUAUCGGCAAAAGCAAAUGGACCUCAUUGGUCACUUUCAACGCGCUCAGCAGGAGCUGAGCGUUCAACACAUGCACAAUCUCUACGCUGCGUUGCAACAACAACAACAGUUGCAAAACUUGCAGGCAGAGAGGAGCGUCGUCAAUCCGUUGUUGAUCAGUCAGCAGUCGGAAGAUCAGAAUUCUGGACCAGUCGCGCCGCUCUCUUUGGCAAACUCACUUACCAACCUUCUCUCAACAUCAAAUGGCAAUUUAUCCGUACCACAAACGCCGACAAAAGAGCACCACCCAGCGGCGCCAUCAUCAAAUCGAAAAUGUGACAUUCCAAGAUCAAACUCAACAACGAUUUCACAGCUCACCAAAGACCGGCUAAAAAAUAUGAUUGCAAAUAGGAGUAAAGGAGAAAGCAAUAGUCAGUCAAAUUUGACAUCUCAUACCAAUGGGAACAGUCAUGACAAUGGAAAGAGAUUGAAGAAUUCCAACUCGCAGAUGAAUGUCUCAUCACCACACUUUGAACCAUAUCGGUUGCCGAAUAACUAUUCAAAUGCUCACACUCUUCAACAAGCCAGUGAAUUCCAACUCAGAAAAGUGAACUCUGAGCCAAAUUUAAAAAUGAAGAUAAGAGCGAAACUUUUAUCGAAAGGAAACAGUCCAGUCCAGCACAUUCAACAAAACAACUCACAGUUCAGCUUUACACAUCCGCAACUCAAAAGAAGCGACAGCGAAACUUCCCAAAAUGUGCCACUCGACUUCAUGCAGUCAAGUUCUCAAACCAAUAUUCCACAUCUUAUGCUGCCAUCUCCUUCUCUUCCGAAUCUUGCCGCUGCUGGAGCUUUCAAUGGUCUUAGUUUGCCAAUUGGGCAAGAUCUCAAUGUCAAUGCAUUCAUGGCGGUGGCUAACCUCAGUCCGUUCCUCAGUCUUCCAAGCUUGUUGAACAAAAAAUUGGAACUCGGUGGUAUUAAUGAUGAAGGAGAUUUCCUCGACAGGAACAGUCUGAUGGGUUCCUCAUCCACUUCUUCGCUUGCCUCAAACGCCAGCCUUGGUUCCAAUCAAUACCAAUCACUUCUCAAACAACAGAUCCGUGAUCUAGUUCUCCGACGAAAAAGUCUUGUGAGAGAAGAUCCAGAAGCAGAGGGUCUUGCAGAGCUCUACAAUGGCUUCCUUCCACAAGCCAAACUUCAACAACUCCAAGCACUUGCAGCAGAAACCGGUUUGAUUCCACGACCAGAGCCAAUGUGUUCAACCGGAUUAGCCUAUGACCCAUCAAUGGUCAAACAUGAAUGUACUUGUGGAAACAACGCUUCACAUGUAGAGAAUGGAGGCAGAAUCCAGAGCAUCUGGUCUAAACUUAUCGAACACGGACAUGUCCAAAGAUGUGAAAAAGUGACAGCUAAGAAGGCUUCUCUCGAACAACUUCAAUUGGUUCACUCCCAAACGUACACCACAUUCUUUGCUGUAUCUCCAACUGCUUGUCUGAAGAUUGAUGCGAACUCAUUACCAUUGAAGCGAUUCCUUCAACUUCCAUGUGGAGGUAUCGGAGUCGACUCUGAUACUUAUUUUAAUGAUGCGAGCACUCAAACAGCAGCUAGAUUAGCGGCUGGAACACUCAUUGAACUCUCUUCGCAGGUUGCCGAAGGUCGCCUCAAGAACGGUUUCGCUUGUAUUCGUCCGCCAGGCCACCAUGCGGAGCACGAGCAAGCCAUGGGCUUUUGUUUCUUCAACAACGUUGCUGUGACUGCUAAAGUCUUGCAAUCCAAAUACCCAGAACAAUGUGCAAAGAUUGCUAUCAUAGAUUGGGAUGUUCACCACGGAAACGGAACUCAAUUGAGUUUUGAAGAAGAUCCAAAUGUGCUCUACGUGUCACUUCAUCGCCACGACAACGGAAACUUCUUCCCUGGUACCGGAUCUGUAGUUGAGAUAGGAAAGAAUAAUGGAAAAGGAUUCACAGUAAACAUUCCAUUCUCCGGAGACGUCAUGAAAGAUCCAGAGUACCUUGCUGCGUGGAGAACAGUCGUUGAGCCAAUUUUGAGUAGUUUCUGUCCAGACUUCAUCUUGGUCUCAGCUGGUUUUGAUGCAUGUCAUGGCCAUCCGAAUGCUCUCGGUGGUUACGAAAUUUCUCCGGAAAUGUUUGGAUACAUGACAAAGUCUUUGUUGGGUUACGCUAAUGGAAAAGUCGUAUUGGCCCUGGAAGGAGGAUAUGACUUGACGAGUAUCUCAGCGUCUGCAGAGCAAUGUGUGCAGGCUCUUAUUGGUGAAUCAGAUGAUGCUGGUCGUCUGAGCUCUGCUGCUCUGGAAACCCUUCCAAACCAGAGUGCAUUGGAAACAUUGCAGAAAGUUAUUGCAAUUCAUAAAGGUUAUUGGCCAGCUCUGCACGGACAAGAAGCAACAAUUUGCACUACGGAAAUGCAAUGGAGAAAUCUCAAAUUGCAAGUGCAAAUGCAACAGCAACAACUACAACAAUCAUCAUAA